GCAACAGCGACGACUGGUCCAAACGUAGAUUUCGACGAGUAUGGCGAAAGCAGUUGUGACUCUGUACGGCGAAGACGCCCAAGUGUUUGGCUCCCUCGUGCUUUCUCAAGCCAACGAAGAUGCCAAGACCAUCAUCGCGGGCUCCCUGAAGGGUUUGUCUGCUGGCAAGCAUGCUCUGCACAUCAACGUCUUCGGCGACGUCUCCAACGGCGGCGCGUCCACCGGUGGCGUGUUCAACCCGUUCGGCAAGAGCCAUGGCGCCCCAGAUGAGGACGAACGUCGCGUAGGCUCCCUCGGCAACAUCCAAGUUGACGAGGAAGGCAACGCCAAGGUGCACAUCGAAGACCCACUUCUCAAACUCAUCGGUCCUCAUUCGGUCAUCGGACGCUCGUUGGUGAUCCACGAAAACGAAGAUGAUUUGGGCAAGGGUGGCCACGAACUUAGCUUGCAAAAUGGCAACGCUGGCCCCAUCAAGGCUUUCGGUGUUGUUGGUAUUUCUGCUUAAUCAGCAUCUCAUUUUUGCCCCUAUA